GGCCCAAAGGCACAUAUUUAUAAAGAUCUGGUUGGAGCGGAUUGAACGCGGUGUCGGGAUUUAAGACUAUCUCUCAAACAUAUCUGUUAAAAUGGGAAACCCUCGAGUUUAUUUUGACAUUACAAUUGAUGGUUCCAACGCAGGCAGGAUUGUAAUGGAGCUGAGAGCUGAUGUGGUUCCCAAGACUGCAGAAAAUUUCCGUGCGCUUUGUACUGGUGAAAAGGGAUUUGGCUAUAAGGGCUCCUCAUUCCAUCGCAUCAUCCCUAAAUUUAUGUGCCAGGGGGGAGACUUUACCAACCACAAUGGUACUGGAGGAAAGUCCAUUUAUGGAGAGAAAUUUGCUGAUGAGAACUUCCAGCUAAAGCACACAGGCAUGGGCUGUCUCUCCAUGGCCAAUGCAGGGCCCAACACUAACGGAUCCCAGUUUUUCAUCUGCACAGCCUCCACUGACUGGCUGAACGGGAAGCAUGUGGUGUUUGGCACUGUUGUAGAAGGCAUUGAUAUUGUCAAGGCGAUAGAGAAGCAUGGGACAAAAAGUGGCACUCCUAAAGCUAAAGUUGUUAUUGCUGACUCUGGUGAACUUAAAUAGAUUGACAGAGCUACAUCACAUUACUGUAUCUUAGGUAUGAAGUACGCUGAGAUUCAGGACUAUGUACUUGCAGUAGAAAACCCAGUCCACUUCCAACUUUUACCUUCCUUAAAUUAUGUGUAUGUCUAUGUUCUUUGUCUAUUAUGUUGUAUUUUAUUUG